UUGAAUUUAAGUUAAAUGUUUAAUAAUUGAUUCUUCUUGUUAAUUUGAUGUUGAAUGAACUAAAUUUAAAAAAUAGUUUACUUAUUGAUCGCGAAGAACAAGAUUCACUCAAUGCAAAAAUAAUCUAACACUUUUAUAACUGGAAUACAGUGUUGAUUCGUGUGUGUAUAGUGUAUCGUACUUCGUGCAAACAGUCUGGGAUUAUGUAUUCGUUCACUGCCAAUUGGUGGACAAAUGUCAUUACGCUAUGCACAAUAAUUGUCACCGUCACCUACUACUUCAGCGUUUCGACCUUUAAGAAAUGGGAAAAGCUCAAUGUGCCGUACGUAAGGCCAAUUACACCGUUGUUUGGGAACUUUUUGAAUGUAGUUGUGGGCAAAUACCAUCCGUUGGAGUUAUACAAUAAAAUCUAUUACGAAUUAGCCGGUCACAGGUACGGAGGACUGUUCCAGAUGAGGACGCCCUACUUAAUGAUUCGUGAUCCAGAAAUAAUUAACGACGUGCUAAUUAAAGAUUUUUCAACGUUCUCCAAUCGUGGUAUUUACUCGGACUUUUCGGUAAAUCCGUUGUCGAACAACUUGUUCUUCAUGGAAAACCCUCAGUGGAAAACAAUUAGAAACAAAUUGUCACCUGCGUUCACAUCGGGAAAACUCAAGAUAAUGUAUGAUCAGAUCAAAGAGUGUAGUAAACUAUUAAUGGAAAAUAUCGAUAAAGAAUUAAAGGAAAACAACAAUCAAAUAGAAAUAAGAGACAUUAUAGGAAAGUAUUCGACCGACGUUAUCGGUACUUGUGCUUUCGGGCUUAAGUUAAACGCCAUAAACGAUGAUGAAUCCGAAUUUCGCAAAUACGGAAAAUUGAUAUUUACACCAUCGCUAAGAGCACUUUUCAGAGAAGUGUGCUUGUUGAUAAGCCCUGCACUUUUGAAAGUCAUAAGAGUAAAAGACUUUCCGACGGACGCCACUGAUUUUUUUCACAGAGCGUUUAAAGAAACGAUAGCGUAUAGACUAGAAAAUAAAAUUGUCAGAAACGAUUUGGUUCAUUAUUUACUGCAAGCAAGAAACGAUUUAGUUUUGAAUGAAAAUUUGCCCAAACAUGAAAAGUUUACAGAAUCACAAAUCGUAGCAAAUGCUUUUGUAAUGUUUCUUGCUGGGUUUGAAACUGUAUCCACUGCUGUAAGUUUUUGUUUACAUGAAUUAUCGUUAAAUAAAUCUAUUCAAGACAGGGUACGUCAAGAAAUUCAACUAAAAUUGUCUCAAAAUGACGGAAAAAUUGACCACGCGCUUUUAAUGGAACUUAAUUACUUGGAUAUGGUUAUAGCAGAAACACUCCGUAAGUAUCCCGCACUGGUCGCUUUGUUCAGAAAAGCGUCACAAACAUAUCAAAUAUCCAAUGAUUCAUUAAUAAUUGAAAAGGGUCAAAAAAUAAUAAUUCCUGUUUAUGCAUUGCAUUACGAUAGUAAGUAUUAUACGGACCCUGAAAAGUUUAUUCCUGAAAGAUUUUCGCCGGAAGAAAAAGCUAAACGUCCAAGUGGUAUUUAUAUUCCAUUUGGCGAUGGACCUCGAAUGUGUAUAGGAAAACGUUUUGCUGAGAUGGAAAUGAAAUUGGCUUUUGUCGAGAUGUUGACAAAAUUUGAAGUAUUCCCAUGUGAAAAAACGAAAACUCCACUAAGAUAUUCUAAUAAAGUUUUAACAUUGAUGCCAAGUGAUGGAAUUUGGCUAAAAUUUAAAAAAAUUAAUUAACCAAAGAUAAUAUUAUAUGAAAUAAAAAAAAACUGACGUUUUAAUUUAACUUUUAAAUAAAGAAAGUUGAAUGGUUUA